GAUUUUGAUUGCUUGCUUUUUUAUUAUAAAUAAAAAGUAGAGAUUGAGAUAGAGAUCGAUCAACUUUAUUGCCUUGUUCGGCUGGCUGGCUGAUUUGGCGUGAGAGGAAAAUACUGCUGGUUGGCUGGCUGGCUGGCUGGCUGAUUUGGCGUGAGAGGAAAAUACUGUUGUGGCUGGCUGAAUCUCCCAGCCGAACAAGGCAUAUAUUCUCAUACAUCGCAAACUAUCAUAGCGAACAAAUACGACUCAGGCUCUAAUAAACUAUCUAUGCAAGAGUGUAUGUAUUCUACUUUUUACUUGUAGCCAGUUGUGUUGCCUGACAUCAUCUCUUUUCUCAAUUAUAUUUGAUCCUUCGGUCUGAUCUUGGUCUUUGGUCCGCGGGUCCUUCGAUCACGGGUAGAAGGUGAUAUCCCAACAGAUGGUAAACGAUUGAAAUUCAUUUAGCUGGUGGGGUAAAUAAAAAAUCCCUAUUUGUAGAUGGCUGCAGUUCGUGGCCACGCGCUUCAAAAUCGAGACGUUUAUGCAAAUACUCCUAUAGUUAGAUAGAUUCAAGUACUUCUUUAGUAUGGAAAAUGACUAUUGUUUCACUGUGGUUUACCUGGACGGCUUCGGGAACAGAAAAGGACUAUGGUAUCGCACAAUUCAUUUUCUGCAGAAAGUUAAUGGCAGGUGUUUAUUGGAAAAAAUAAAAGGAAGAUAAUAAAGUGUUUUGAAAUAAUCAAUGAAGCUUAAUCAACGGCCAGAUAUACCUCUCCAUUCUUUGGACUGCCGUACGACCCAGCGCUCUCGCUCCCCUGCUCCUCCUACUCCUACUAGUCCUAGGCUGUCCAAACCUCUUUUUAGUCCCCGUUUGGCCGGGCUCCCUCCGGCUUCGGCUAGCCAGCGAAAUGCAGCUCCGGCUGCUCCUGCUGCCCAGGCAAAUGUAGCAAGGAGCCGGAGCUCUUUUUUUCAUCGCUACAGUGGAGCACAGUAUUAAUUCCUGUAGCACGGAGCCGAAGCUCGAGCCGUCCCAAAGAGGCCUUUACUCUGUGCUUCUCUCUCCCUACGAUAGCGCACCGCAAUGGCGGCCCCCUGCGGCGAUGCCGAUGGAGCCGGGUUACCUCCGCUUCCCAGACGCGGCGGCGGCGGCAAUGCGGCCGAUAGGGAGGAGGAGGGCGAUAAGAGCAAUAAGGCGAGGAAGGAGACGGCCGGGGCGCAGCGGAUCGCCCGGUGGGGGCUCCGCGAGUGCAGCAAGAUAGUUUCUAAAAAAGUUGAGACCAAAGGACGGACUACUUGUAAUGAGGUUGCAGAUGAAAUUUGUGCGGAGCUAAAGUUGACGUUUAAUGGUCAAGAGUUUGAUGAUAAGAAUAUUAGGAGGAGAGUGUAUGAUGUUUUUAGCAUGCUAAUUGCACUACGAGUUAUUGCAAAAGACAAAAAGGAAAUAAAGUGGACGGGCCUUUCUAAUUUCAGAUAUGAAAAGAUGAAGAAAUUGGAGGAGGCUCACAAAGAACUCACAGCCAGGAUUAAGAACAAGAAGAAACUUCUCCAGGAAAUUGAAAAACAGUUUGAUGACCUCCAGAAUAUCAAGUUUCGCAACCAGGUACUACAGAGACCAGCAGAGAGUGCGAAUGGUAUCUGCCUUCCAUUCUUAUUGGUCAAGGCAUCCAAAAAAGCAAGGGUAGAAAUUGAGAUUUCAGAGGACUCAAAUUUCGCAGGUUUCGACUUCAACUGUGCACCAUUCACCUUGCAUGAUGAUGUCUCAAUUCUUGAUGGGAUCAGGCGCAAUAGCAUAAGAAGAGCUCGGUAGCUUCACGUUCUUCAAUAGAUGCUCGAGAAUGUGAUCGAUCAGUUGAAAGUGACAAGACUGGGACAACCCGUUUUGUUUGCACAGCCAUUAAUAUAUUUAGGUAUAUAUAUAGUAUGAAACCUUGACCUAAUCUUCAGUGCAGCAUAUGAAGCGUAUGAAGAUUAUAACCUGCAAAUUUUGCCCCCCUUUUUUUAUGCCUAGCAGGUUAUUAGGUCUGAGAUAGAUUAUUUUCAUAUAUGACGCUAUGUAUUAACUUUAUAAUUGGUCCAAUUCAAAAGCUUGUGCACAAGCUUUGCUUGUGUUAUAUGGUGUC